GAUAGCAUUUGGGCGGGAAAAAACAUGAGGCAUAAUUAAGAAUAGGAGGAUAGCAUGCUCCCACUCACAAUUGCAGUUACUCACCCAAUCUCAUUUUCCUACACAGUAGAACUAUGGAUGAAACUCGGCAGUCAGUUGGGAGCUCUGGAAUGGUGUCACCUCUCUCAUUUUGCAGAGGAGAAGAGAAGGAAGAGAGCUCCGAUCUGACCCUCCUCUAUGCAGGUUCAAAGGGGGCAGCACGAAGUCUCCAGUCCAUGGACCCGCCUGGAGCUCAGUCCACUCCUCCCGUCAAAGAAGAUGAGUGGGACACUGAUGGAUUUGUGAUUCCAAGCUUGGGGAUCAUGGAUUCAGGAGAAAGUCAAACCGAUCCCUUAGAAGUCGUCAUGGAUUCUGAACAGUCAUCAUUUACUCAUUCAAAUGAAGAGAGUAUAUACCUCGGACCACAUGGAGCUCCUCGUCCUUUAGGACCAAGACAAUCAGAGUUGAACUCAAAGCAAAGUUUUAAGCACAAACUUAAGGAAGCUGAUAGAAGAUACAGCGGAAGUGGCCGUGAGAAUAAGGUGGAAAAUAUAAGAGCACUUGUGGGAGUUGGAACAAUGCCUCCUGCAUCCAAAAGCUCCUCCAAGGAUUGGCUAGAUCCCCAUUGCCGUGAAUCAGAGUUUGAAAGGAUUGAUCAUCAUUAAUUUGGUAAUCAUCAAACAAUCUUUAAGCUCAUUUUUUCCUCAACUUUCUUUUUUCGCUCUGGUAUUUGUUUAAUAAUAACCCUGUUGACCUUUCUUGGGAUAUUAACUGUACACAUGAGAAUGAUACUU